AUGGCGCCGAAGGUUAAGAGCGGUGACAUUAAUAUGAACAGUAACGGCAACACUAACGGCGUCGUUAAGGAGCCGCAUUUUCGCGGAGUGAGGAAGAGGCCAUGGGGAAGAUACGCCGCCGAGAUCAGAGAUCCAGGAAAGAAGAGCCGUGUUUGGCUCGGAACCUUUGACACGGCGGAGGAAGCGGCAAGAGCCUACGAUGCCGCCGCACGUGAAUUCCGUGGUCCCAAGGCGAAAACUAACUUCCCUUUCCAUACGGAAAAUCUUAAGAUCCAUAGCCCUAGCCAAAGCAGCACCGUUGAAUCCUCGAGCCGUGACCGUGACCGUGAUGCCGCCGCUGAUUCUUCUCCUCCUCUUGACCUCAAUUUGGCUCCUCCAAUCAAAGGUCUCGUCCGAUUUCCGUUUCCGCAUCGGUUCACUCCGAUUCCGGCGGUAAACCAGGCAGCGUUUUACUUUGACACUUUUCAACGCGCCGGUACGGCGAAUUCCCGUCCUAACAAGGCUUACGGAUUCGAAUAUUUUCCCUCCGUGAAGACGAGUGUAUUCCACGCGACGACCGGUGCGCAUAGUGAUUCAGACUCUUCAUCGGUGAUUGAUCUGAACCACCGUGAAGAAGGCGUAAAAGCCGUUAGAGAUUUCGAUUUCGAUCUUAACUUUCCUCCUCCGGAAGAUAUGCUAUAA